CCAGAGCUGGGCUUCCCGAAGAAAGGAUGCUGUCUGGUGCUGGGCUACAUGGCCAAGGACAAAUUCCGGAGGAUAAAUGAAGGUCAGGUCUACUCCUUCAGCCAGCAGCCCCAGGACCAGGUGGUGGUGUCAGGGCAACCAGUGACCCUGCUGUGUGCCAUCCCAGAGUAUGAUGGCUUCGUCCUGUGGAUCAAGGAUGGCCUGGCAUUGGGCGUGGGCAGAGACCUCUCUAGUUACCCGCAGUACCUGGUGGUAGGGAACCACCUGUCAGGUGAGCAUCACCUGAAGAUUCUGCGGGCAGAACUGCAGGACGAUGCAGUGUACGAGUGCCAGGCCAUCCAGGCUGCCAUCCGGUCCCGCCCUGCACGCCUCACAGUCCUGGUGCCACCUGAUGACCCCGUGAUCCUAGGGGGGCCCGUGAUCAGCCUGCGGGCAGGAGAUCCCCUCAACCUCACCUGCCAUGCUGACAAUGCCAAGCCCGCAGCCUCCAUCAUCUGGUUGAGGAAGGGAGAAGUCAUCAAUGGAGCCACCUACUCCAAGACCCUGCUUCGAGAUGGCAAGCGCGAAAGCAUUGUGAGCACCCUCUUUAUCUCCCCCGGCGACGUGGAGAAUGGGCAGAGCAUCGUGUGCCGUGCCACCAACAAAGCCAUCCCCAGUGGCAAGGAGACAUCCGUCACCAUUGACAUUCAGCACCCUCCACUUGUCAACUUAUCUGUGGAGCCACAGCCAGUACUAGAAGACAAUGUUGUCACAUUCCACUGCUCAGCAAAGGCCAACCCAGCUGUCACCCAGUAUAGGUGGGCCAAACGGGGCCAGGUCAUCAAGGAGGCAUCCGGGGAGGUGUACCAGACCACGGCAGACUAUACAUACUUCUCAGAGCCAAUCUCCUGUGAGGUUACCAAUGCCCUGGGCAGCACCAACAUCAGCCGCACCGUGGAUGUCUACUUUGGCCCCAGGAUAACCACGGAGCCCCAAUCCCUGCUGGUGGACCUGGGCUCAGAUGCCAUCUUCAGCUGUGCUUGGACAGGCAAUCCCUCCCUCACCAUUGUCUGGAUGAAGCGGGGCUCGGGUGUGGUCCUGAGCAAUGAAAGAACACUCACCCUGCAUACUGUACGCCAGGAAGAUGCUGGAAAGUACGUGUGUCGAGCCGUGGUGCCCCGGGUGGGGGCCGGGGAGCGAGAAGUGACCCUGACUGUCAAUGGACCCCCCAUCAUCUCCAGCACACAGACCCAGCACGCCCUCCACGGGGAGAAGGGCCAGAUCAAAUGUUUCAUCCGGAGCACACCACCACCGGACCGCAUUGCCUGGUCCUGGAAGGAGAAUGUGCUAGAGUCGGGGACAUCAGGGCGCUACACGGUAGAGACAGUCAGCACUGAGGAGGGUGUCAUUUCCACCCUGACCAUCAGCAACAUCGUGCGGGCUGACUUUCAGACCAUCUACAACUGCACAGCAUGGAACAGCUUUGGCUCCGACACAGAAAUCAUCCGGCUCAAGGAGCAAGGUUCAGAAAUGAAGUCGGGAGCCGGGCUGGAAGCAGAGUCUGUGCCCAUGGCCGUCAUCAUCGGGGUGGCUGUAGGAGCCGGUGUGGCCCUCCUCGUCCUCAUGGCAACCAUCGUGGCCUUCUGCUGUGCCCGCUCCCAGAGAAAUCUAAAAGGUGUUGUGUCGGCCAAAAAUGAUAUACGAGUGGAAAUUGUGCACAAGGAGCCUGCCACUGGCCGGGACACUGAAGAGCACUCCACCAUCAAGCAGCUGAUGAUAGACCGAGGUGAAUUCCAACAAGACUCCGUGCUGAAGCAGCUGGAGGUCCUCAAAGAAGAGGAAAAGGAGUUCCAGAACUUGAAGGACCCCACCAAUGGCUACUACAGUGUCAACACCUUCAAAGAGCACCACUCAACACCCACCAUCUCACUAUCCAGCUGCCAGCCAGACCUGCGCCCUGCCGGCAAGCAGCGUGUGCCCACAGGCAUGUCCUUCACCAACAUCUACAGCACCCUGAGUGGCCAGGGUCGCCUCUACGACUACGGGCAGCGGUUUGUGCUGGGCAUGGGCAGCUCGUCCAUCGAGCUGUGCGAGCGGGAGUUCCAGCGGGGCUCGCUCAGCGACAGCAGUUCCUUCCUGGACACACAGUGUGACAGCAGCGUCAGCAGCAGUGGCAAGCAGGAUGGCUACGUGCAGUUCGACAAGGCCAGCAAGGCGUCGGCCUCCUCCUCCCACCACUCACAGUCCUCAUCCCAGAACUCCGACCCUAGCCGGCCGCUGCAGCGGAGGAUGCAGACUCAUGUCUGAGGCCCAUGGGUGGGGGUGAGGGGGCAG